AUGUCCGCCAAGAAGAACAUCCUGCUGCUCAUUGCCGACGACCUCGGUCGUGACUUUCUGAGCUGCUAUGGCUGUCAGACAAACCUGACGCCGAACCUCGACGCCCUGGCGGCUUCUGGGGUCCGAUUCGACAAGGCCUUCACAAGCACGGCAUCGUGUAGUGGCAGCCGGACCGUCAUCUACACAGGCCUCCAUACCCACGAGACAGGCAGUUACGGCUUGAACCAGGCGCGAGAUGGCUUCCAGACCUUUGACAGUGUCGAGACGGCACCUUUUCUCUUCAAGGAAAAGCUUGGCUACAAGACUGGCAUCUUGGGAAAAAUCCACGUUGGUCCAGACCACCUAUACCCCUGGCAGGUCCGAGAAGAAAGCGAGUCGAGGAAUGUGGCCUGGAUAGCGGACCGGGCAGAAGCCUUCUUCAAGGCCUCCAAGGAGGAGCAAAAGGCCUUCUUCCUGACCAUCGGCUUCGUGGAUCCGCAUCGGAAGCUACAGACCCGCGGCGGGUUUGGAAAUGUUGACGGCAACCAUGACAGCCGCCUCCAAGAUCGCAUCUUCCACCCCAGCGAGACUACGGUCCCGCCUUUCCUGAGCGACGUGCCUGAGGUCCGCCAGGAGCUGGCUGAGUACUACCGCUCCAUCUUCCGCAUGGACCAGGGCGUGGGCAUGAUCCUCGCAGCGCUGGAUCGGGAGCAGCUGUCAGACGAUACCUUGGUCCUAUUCCUGAGCGACAAUGGACCCCCCUUUGUCAAUUCCAAGACGACGCUGUUUGAGGCCGGCGUACGGCUGCCAUUCUUGCUGCGCGCGCCCGGUGCUGCUCCCAGCGGCACUGUCAACCCGAACCUGAUCUCCUACGUCGACAUACUGCCUACCUUUCUCGACUGGGCCGGUCACCCACGGCUCGAGGCGGGAGAAGGCAAGGUGCAGCGGCGUGGGCGAUCUGUGCUGCCUAUCCUGGCGAGUACGACCACCUCUGCCGUGCCGGGCUGGGACCAUGUCUUCGGAUCGCACACGUUCCACGAGAUCACUAACUACUGGCCGACGAGAUACAUGCGCAACCACCGGUUCAAGUACCACCGCAACGUGUGCUGGAAGCUCGACUUCCCGUUCGCCAUGGACCUGUACGGAUCUUUGUCGUUCGAAGGCAUGCGCAAUUCGGCGACGCCGUCUGCACCGGCUAUGAUUGGGCCGAGAAAGCUCAAGGACUACAUCCAGCGGCCGCCGCAGGAGCUGUUCGACCUGGAGAACGACCCUCUGGAGAUCAACAAUCUUGCGGGUGAUCCUGACUAUGCAGAGACGCUGAAGGAGAUGAAUGAGGCGCUCGAGCAGUGGCAGGUUGAGACCAGCGACCUUUGGCUGUGGCGCGAUGGAAUGGCGGUGGUCAGGUACAUCUCCUCGGGCUAUGCUCGUGAAGGACUGCGUAUACCUGAUCGUUUCGACUUUGAAGCAGAACACCAAAAAUAUUCGGGGGCGUAA